AGCGUUUCUAUAACGUUAUCCAGUGCAUUGCCCCUUUCAACAUUCAACUUCCCUCCUGGCAUACAGAAUAACGUUAUUCACCUGCCGCUCCUUCUUUAGUCAAUUCUAAGCAAUGUCGCCGCCAACCGGACGUCGUGACAAAAAUGCCGUCCAACCGUCCAAACGCGAACGUGGCAGAGUGGCCCAGCGGGAAUAUAGGAAGCGACAUAACUCCAAGUUCCAGAGCCUCCAGGAAGAAAACCAGAGGCUGAAAGAUGCCAUUCAGAAAAUCAGUACGGUAGCCUCGACCAGCGGACGUCGGGAGCAGGAGCUCAAAGAUGCCAUUUCAGAAGCAGUCUCAAUUGCUGGCGUGCAAACUGUUGAUCAAAGUCCAGUGGAGGAAGUUGGUUCUUCUCAAGAUGGCGAGCCAACUUCGCUGGUUGCUCUGCCCUUGACGCGCGAGACGCUGCCGGAGCCAUGGCUACCCCCAAACCAAUCCGAAACUGGCGGGAAUUCUCUACUCCAGGACUUUCAUACCCCACCCAUAUUAAGUCAACAACUUUGGCUCGAUACAGACCGCCUGGUACGGAUAUAUGAUACACCGUCAGAUAUAGUUCCGUACCUUGGGGAUGGACUACUCACCGUCGCUGGCUGUCUCUAUUGGGCAUGCACAUAUCACGCCGUCUCUCUGUGGAGGAAGAUAAAAAAUCCGCAAGAGCCAAACCUUUCAGAUCAAGGUCGAUUGGAUCGCAUGUUCAACCACUCCAAGUACCUUAACGACCAUAACUUCUUGAUGUCUAUUGCUCAGGCGAGAUUGGAUUUCCGAAAUCAGGGAUACAUAGAGCGACUACACGAGCAAGACUACCCCGCCGACAAGGAAGCAAUGGCAGAGGUGUGCAAGUUAGUCCUGCAUGAGUAUGCUGAAAAGAAGGAGGACCUUCAAUGGUGGAGGAACCCCCGAGAGGUGGAGAGUUAUAUCAAGCAGCAUUUGACAACAGACGAACUUGCCCAGCUCCAGGAACUUGUGGAGGGUCGAGGCUCUACGAAAGCCGUGCGAGCGUUUUCUUCUCUCUUCGACACCCUGGCACAGAACUUUGUGUGUUUUGGAAAUGAACCGCGCUGGAAUGUCGUCCACAUUUCCAUGACACUUGGGGCUUGGUUGGGAAAUAGAAGCGAUUGGUGGGGGUCCUCCUGAUCAUGCGGAUUGUUCUCUUUUGCCGAACCAGCAAGCCCUGCAACCAUUAUAUACAGAUACACAACUAGGGACUAUAUUGUGCCGGCAACUUGCGCAUCUUGAGGGAGCAGACAGAAUUUAGAUUAGUCCUCUUUUCAGAGCUAGAAACACAAACCAAGGCAGGUUGUUCACCAAGCCCAUGCCUCUGGAUCUCCUAACAGAUUGUAAAGAUA